UGACCUACACUAGCGUGAGUUCCACGGUUUAGAUCCACAGUGAGGACGACCGCGUUCGCAGCCACGCAGACUCUGCGUUUUGUCCCAGUUCUCAGCACCGACAAACCUCUCUUUCUACCACGAUGCCUUCGAAUCAGAAUAUGCAAGGAGGUAAAACCUUUGGAUUACUGAAAGCCCAACAGAGGGAGAGGUUGGAAGAAAUAAACAAGGAGUUUAUGGAGGAUCAAAAGUACAGAGAUGAAGAGGAUCUUCCAGAGAAACUGGACUCCUUUAAAAAUAAAUAUGCAGAGUUUGACCUUAACGACCAAGGAGAGAUUGACAUGAUGGGUAUGAAACGCAUGAUGGAGAAGCUGGGCGUUCCCAAGACGCACCUGGAGAUGAAGAAGAUGAUCUCGGAGGUGACGGGAGGCGUCAGUGACACCAUCAACUACCGCGACUUCGUCAAGAUGAUGCUGGGCAAGAGAUCGGCCGUGCUUAAACUGGUGAUGAUAUUCGAGGACAAGGCCAACGGUGCCGGUGCUAAACCCAGCGGUCCCUCCAACGGUCCUCCACCCAAACGAGACAUCUCCAGCCUACCGUAGACCAGAGGGAGAGUGGCUUCCUGGUCUGGACCCGCCCUAACCCUCGCCCCCAAUCAACAACAUGUACAUAGCCUUACCCAGCAUCCUUUGCUCCAGUGGAAGCUCAGUGGCUCGGAAGAGAGAGUGAAGAUGACAAAAAUCACAAACGAAAACAAACAGAAAGAAAAAAAAAGUCUAUCUAUAUAUUUGCUGUGAAGACAUAAUGCCGCAACGUAGCUUUUUUAUGAAGAAGAACUCAGUGUAUAUAUUUAUAUAAAUCGGUGACGGCAAUUCUGGUGUUUCUAAUUAGCGUUUGCACCCCUUAAUGAAGUAACUGAAUCGUUUUUUAAGAUGAUGGUCCAGUAAUGUAUCUGUUAAUGGCGUGGCUGCUACAUCCCACAGUAAUGCUCUUAGUUAUAUAACACACAAUGUUUUUAACUGUAGUUUAGACGUCUGGGCUGAAUAACUUCUACCCAAUUCUUAAGAGAAACGUAACGAUUGUGGGUUUUACUAUUGUAAGUUACGGGAGUGCGUGUUCUUAAAAUUCUUAUGCUUUCUAUUAUCGUUGUUAUUCACGUGCGGUUGGUUGAGCUUGACACGCAGCAGGCGUAGCGUCGUCUUCUGAAGUACAGUAUAACCUCUGAAGAGCACAGUAACCCUAGGAGCUAAGGUUUCAUCUAAUCAUGUGAGCUCUGUGUUGUGUGACGUCAUGAAGGUUGAAGAGGGGCAGGUGUUAACUACAAUUCUAAUUCCGUUUUGUCACAAAGGCGGUCACCAUGGUUGUUAGCGCAGAGUGGUUAAUAUCUCCGUUUCUUUAUUCCAAACAGUGUGGAUUGUUUCGUAAUCUGUCAAGUAGGCUAGUCUUUGAAGAGAACUGUGAUGGAAGUCUUUUACAUUUACCUAUUGUCUUGUGUACCCAUAAUAGUACUGUGAGGGUUUUGUUUUUUUGUUUUUUUUAAUGGUGGGGGUUGUCAUGGUUAUGUGAAAUGUGACUGUGACGCUAGGGAUACUCAACGUGUUUUUCGCUAAGGCAGAAAUGCAUUGUGGGUAUGUGAUGUGAGCUAGACAAUCGUCUUGUGUCCUCCUGAGAUGUGAAUCCCGAGAGGGUCGCUCUUGAGACCCGCUGGGACUCUCUCGCUCUCCAGAGAGAGAGGGAGAGGGAGAGGGAGAGGAAAGGCCAAAACCGAGCUGCUUAUUCUGCUGGCCUGCUCUGGUGCAGGAGCGAGGGAGGAAGUGGAGAAACGUGUGUGUGUGAGUUUGAGGCUCGCCUACGGCAACAUUCCACACCGCUUAGUUUGGCUCCGGCAGCUCUCCACUCCUCUCUCUCCUCCCUCGCUCAAUCGCCCUCUCCUCUCCCAAUAUUCUUUCCUGUCUUCCUCAGCAUGUGACAUACCCCUGAGUUUGACCCGAGUUAGGGUGGUUGUGUGUGUGUGUGUGUGUGUCCAUGUGAUCACAGCACAGGUAGUCGAGUUGAAUACUGAAGCACAAAUGUACAGUAAGCCUUUUCUCUGUUUGCAUGUUGGUUAAUGGGACCCCUACAGUAAGCGUGCUAAUUCCUCACCGUUUCAGGGCCGCCAGAUUACCCGAGCAGGUGAUUUCUGCUAAGUGUUGUGACCGAGAUUAACGUUAGCUGUCGAUUUAUGUUUGCCAUUUUUUUUUUUCCCCCGGAGCGAUCCAAGCUUCCUUGCUAGAAGAAACUGGGGCCAGCUCUUCUCUGUGUUCCAAGUCCAAGAGCCCCCUCAAGUUAACAAGAGGAUGAGAUUGAGUUCCGAAUAUAGAAACAUUAGCCUAGAUAGCAUCAGGAUCAUAUUUGGCUGUGGACGUGCAGAGUUUUUAUGUUUUUUUAUAUAUAUUUUUUCCCAUUUAUCCUUCCAUUCCUGAAACCUGAAGGAUACUCUCUGAGUACGAGUCGGUUCUCAUUCAGCUCAAGUUUCUCAAAUCUCCGUGACUUGUCUCUUAGGUCCCUCUGAGAGUCGAAAUCAGGUGUUUGGGGCGGAGGCUCCUGUCAUUCCUGUCACUCCUUCAGGUCCAGCCCGCUGAACGCGACCUUUGCCCCUUUAAGACUCCAGCGGGUGCUGCUGCUGCUGUUAGCGCUGCUAGCGCUGCUUAGCCAGGCUAGCCUGGGCCUCUGCGUCUGAAAUCAGCCUGAACUCACUCUCCUUCCAAGUGCCUAUCAGUGAGGGUAGGAAUGGGGGAGGCGUU